AUGCUCGAGAAGCUGCUAGAUGGCGGUUAUUUGCCCACGACUGUCAUUCGCGCCGGUAUUCGCCAGCAGCUGCGCCAGAGACUGGCUUCUAUCGCGUCGACGUCGAAUGCAACUGCUUAUGAUACCAAGAUGAAGUAUGUUGAGCUGCUGCGCGAGAGACCGAUCGCGAUUGAGACAUCGAAAGCAAACACGCAGCACUAUGAAGUUGGUACUGGUGUGCUCAACAACAUGCUUGGCCCGAACAUGAAGUAUUCGUGCUGUCUGUAUGAGGGCCUCAAGCCGGGGCAAGGUCUCGGUGAGGCAGAGCUGCUUAUGAUGGAAGACUAUGUCAAGAAGGCAGAUUUGAAAGAUGGCAUGACCAUGUGUGGAUGGGGAUCGCUCAGUCUGUUCCUCGCAGAAAAGUUUCCCAACUCGAAGAUCACUGGUUUCUCCAACUCGCGCACGCAAAAGGAGUAUAUUGAUUCGCAAGCCAGCAAGCGUGGCUUGAGUAACCUGACGAUUGUCACGGGAGACAUUGCUACGUAUGAGUUCCAAGCACCAUUGACCGAGUCGUUCGAUCGUGUCUUGUCGAUCGAGCUGUUUGAGCACAUGAAGAACUACCAGCUUCUGCUCCACAAGGUGUCGAGCCUGCUCAAAUCGGGCGGCAAGCUGUUCGUACAUAUCUUUGCACACAAGGAUAGCCCCUAUGACUUUGAGGACGGAUGGAUGACUGAGCACUUCUUCACGGGCGGCACAAUGCCUAGUGCAGACCUGUUGCUCUGGUUCCAGGAUGAUCUGAGAUGCCAGCGCAUGUGGUGGGUCAAUGGCAAGAACUACGCGCAAACCUGUGAGGUAAGAGAUAUAGAAGCACAUUCGACAGAGAAAGACAACAAGCUGACAAGGUGCAGGNACUGGCUGUCAACCAUGAACAGAAACAGACAAGCGCUCUGGCCGCAUCUGGAGGAGACAUAUGGAAAGGAAAAGGCUCUGACGUGGUUUCACCGAUGGCAGAUAUUCUACCUCGCAUGCGCCGAGUUGUUCGCGUACAAUGGCGGAGAGGAGUGGGGCGUGUGCCACUAUUUGUUUGAAAAGGCAUAG